AUGAAGAUGCAAGCCGAGGUGAUCCGCGAGGGCGAGCUGGAGAAGCGGAGCGACAGCCUUUUCCAGCUGUGGAAGAAGAAGCUGGUGGUGCUAACCAAGGACAGCCUCAGCCUCUUCCCCGACGGGCACAAGCGGGCCAAGGGCAAGGAGCUGGGCUUCGGCUCCAUCCUCAAGGUGGACUGCGUGGAGCGCACGGGCAAGUACAUCUACUUCACCAUCGUCACCAAGGACCGCAAGGAGAUUGACUUUCGGUGCCCGGACCAGAGCUGCUGGAACGCCUCCAUCACCAUGGCCCUCAUCGACUUCCAGAACAAAGCAUACCACUGGAUGAGAAACCAGAUCAAGUGUCUUGGACUGAAAUGGGACAGGGUACCAAUGAAGGAAAGCGAAGAAGAGAGCUGGAAGCAGCUUGGUUUUCUCCAAGCCCGUUGA